UUGCACGGCAUGCGAGUUUGGUUAUUGGUUUUGAGUUACAAUUGAUAUGAGAACCGUAAACGGGGGCAUUCUAUACACAAAAUGGUGUCCAAAACCAUUCUACCAGCGUGCCUGCUCUUAUUUUCCAGCUUUAUUGGGCUUCAGACGGACGCGUGUAACCUUAGCGAUCUGGUCCUUGAAAAUGGAGCAUACGCUGCACAAGAAGGUGAUUCAACGGUCGGUGUUGGGGAAAUGGUCUCCGCUUGUUGUAACAAUGGAUUCGUUAGGAUGGGACCCGAGGCAGUUUGGUGCCUAACCACGGGACAGUUCAAUGAGGACAGACCAACAUGUGAAGACAUCGAUGAAUGCAGGGAUGGUUGGCUCCUCGCGGAUGUCAGUGAUGACGACGAAUCGUCCUUCUAUAGUACCGACUACGCACCGGUUGUCGAGGAUCACCCCCUCCUCGACAAGUUGAACCAGGUGACAUGUCAGGGACGGACCUUGCUUCCGCUGCCCGCUGAGUUGUGUCAUAGUACUAAUGCAGACUGCUUGAACAUCAAAGGAUCAUACACCUGUUCCUGCCGGCGUUACUACAUUGGCAAUGGAACACACUGCGAAGAGGAUAACAUCCCUUGUGAGCCCGCAUCAGCUCCCGCCAAUGGCUUCAUCAGGGUAGAUCGUGGACGCAGUGUGGACUUCGGCUGUAAUCGUGGUUACAUAUUAAUAGGAGAUGAUAGACAGACCUGCCUACGGGGACAGUGGGAACACGACAAUAACGCCACAGCCAGAUGCAUUGAUAUAACCAUCAGAUGUCCGCAGCCGGUAGCCCCCUUACAUGGCCGAAUCGAAACCUUCGGCGGCAUCCGUGCUAAUGAUCAUAUUUCUGUCGUGUGUAACGACGACUAUGAUCUGAUCGGAAACGGCAUACGACAGUGUCGGUACAAUGGACAAUGGUCCGGGAGAGCUCCAAGAUGCAAACCCAAAAAAACACUUGGUGACGUGGCGACAGACAUCAAGAGAAACAUCAUAGACCCGUUCACAUCUUAUACCAACUCGAGCAUCAUGCGUCAAGCUUCGUCUCGUAGCGCCAAUGUUCCUAGUCUAGGACUCGACAUCGUCCUCGCAUACGAUCGGUCGUCAAGCCUGGACGUAACGGAUUUCCAGCUCGUCGUCAAUUUCACCAAGCAGCUUCUCUCGAACUUUGGCGUGUCGUAUGAUGAAGGCGGAACUCGAGUAGCUGCACUAACCUUCUCAAGCACCGCAGAGAUGGCUUUCAAUUAUUCAGCCGGAGUCGAAACCGAGGAGCAAGUGUUUGCUCGUCUUGACGCUUUGACGGAAAACAUAGGAGGCGCAACAGGACUGAAGGAGGGGCUGUCGAUGGUCGCUACAGAAAUCUAUCCUACCAUGCGAGAAAGAGCCAAGCAUGUCCUUUUCAUCUUCACAGACGGACAACACAACACAGCGGACCCUUUCUUGGUAGCAAAUGAUCUCAAAGAAAAAGGUUUGGACAUCUUUGCAGUCGGAGUAGGAAGGCAGAUCAACCAGACGGCUCUCCAACAAAUUGCCUCCUACCCCCCUACCAGUCACUUCUUCUACAUUGAGUCUUUUCAAGAUCUCCAGACUCUCACCGGUCUGGUGAAUAGUAGUGAGAUAGAUUACAAGCCAUGCGGAGAGGCGGGCAAUGUACUCGUCGCUGGUGACAACUACCAAGCCAAUGAGAAGGCGUGGCCAUGGCUGUCAGUCAUCCAUCGGAACUCAUCUACCGGCUGGAAGAUGGCGUGUAGCGGUACGUUGCUAUGCCAACAGUGGGUACUGACCACCUCCUCCUGCUUUGCAAACAUCCCGGAUGCUGAAGUCAUUGACGAGAAGCUGGUGACGAUAGAUCUAGAGGACUCACAAUUCAUACCAGAAGAAAUAAAGGUCACGGUCACCAUGGGAGAGUACAACCGCUCGCUAGGAGAGGGAUGCGAACAGACGAUCAAAGUCGAUCGGAUCGUCCUGCACGGUCAGUUCGACUAUGAUAAUAUCCAUGAUUAUGACAUCGCUCUCUUGCAUCUCAGUGAGCCGGUUGAGCUCAACAGUUGUGCCAGGACUAUUUGUCUACCUUCUGAAACGGAUUCUCCUCAUGAACCCAUAGUGGUGGGAUGGGGUACAGCCUCGGGGCUUCCCCAGAAUGCCCGCGAUGUUCCUCUCCAAUUCCCGAUGCCGCUGGCUGAUCAAGACGAAUGUCGUGUAGACCACGCAAGAGAUCUACUUGACGAUAGGAUCGAUUUGACAGAUAGAAUGCUUUGUGCGGGAGAUGGCCUCGGAACGGACAUUCGUUGUCAUGGCGACAGUGGAUCACCGCUAAUGUACCAGAGGAGUGGAGAUGACAAAUGGGCGCUGUUAGGCAUCAGCACGAAGGGGGAGUUGUGCUCUCGACGCAGUCGACACGGUAUCUUCACAAGGAUCGAACCGGGGUUUAAGGGAUGGAUCAACGACGUGACUGAUGACUGCUUCAAUAAUCACAUCCCAACGGCGACCAUACUCAAUGCUUGAUAUCUAUCCCAUUAUCUCUCUUAUUCGUAUGGGUAAAGGCAGCGUUAAAUUAUCAUUCAGACCUUAUGGUGAGACUUUCCGAUUUUGGAGAACGACUGCUCUUUGCUUAUGAUGUACCUGCGGUUUACAGAUCAGCUAUAUUGUAGAGUUAAAGUAUAUACAUUCACAAGGAAGCAUGCAUAGCGACCGAGAGAGAGAUUUUUAAUUUUGAAAAGUAACAUAUUCUAAUUUCUAAAGAGCACCUCAGCGUAUAGAUAGGCUUAGUUUGCUGUAGAUGUAUGUCAUUAUUUACAUUUUUGUGUAAGUGUUUACCUGAGGGGUGGGGCAAUCUUCCUGAAAUUGAAGAAAUUGGGGAGAUUUGUCCACCAGUCGUUGCAGCAAUGGUCCCCUAUACUUGCUGGGAUAUAUUUCAUUCCUCUUCUUUCAGUUUUGAAGAAAUGUCAUGAUAUUGUAUGAAGGCUAAAGCAAUUGAAACGUUUGUGUAUGAGAGGAAUCCUAAUUUUUAUGUAAUUUUUUGUAAUCGAAGAAACAAAUAUCUCUUGCAUUAAAAAGAUAGAUCAAAUGUACCUGGGAUGGGAAUUAGUAACACAAUUUAGCUAUUAGAUGUAUUAAUCAUUUUUCUUUACGGAGGGCAUAGACUUUGUACAUUUUUUCCCCUCCCCCCCCCCCCAAAAAAAAAAAAAUAUAUAUAUAUAAAUAGAUCCCCAAAGUCCAAACCCUGAUAGGCCUGAAAAACUGUACCGAAAUUAUUCGACGGUGUUUGAUUGAACCAUCAGUGGAUUGAUUAAAAAAUAAAGUGGCACUGGCGAAUACAAGUAACUUGAAAGAAUGCAUUUUUCCUUUUUUUCUUCUCCUCUUUAUUUUCAUCCAUUUUCUCUUUUUUUUUCGGGGCAGAAACCUUUUUCUUCCGUCUUUCAAAUAUAAAUGUAUGAUGUAUUAUAAUGUGUGAUAUCAGAAUAACUGAAUAGUUAAUGGUUUAUUGGUAAUUUAAAGGUGGUCGAGGUUUACUAGUCCGUCGCCUUGUUUCAUAAAACUUGUUAUCAAUAACAAAUGCUAAAUUCCUAUGACAAAUUUGCUCUCAGCCAAUCAAAUGCCACGAUUUCAGUAGCAGUUAUCGUAACUUGUUAUUGAUGACAAAUUUUAUGAAACAGGGCCCAGAUAACUAACCGUAUUUAUGUAGCAUAAUCAAAUAUUUACUUAUCAUGCUGAGAUACAUGUACUGCUUCAUGGCUGCAACAUGUGCAUACGAGUCCAAUAUGACCAUCCACUAUUGUGUUGUAUUACGUAAAUAUGUUAUGUAAAACUAUACCUAAUAUCACUUAUAAAUUCUAGACAAUUACUCUUGUCGGCCAGUUUUUAAUUUCUAGAAACGUGAAUAUUAUGACAUUUUGUUUUACUUUGCUCGCUGGAAAAUAAUAUAUCGUGAUUUUCUUAA